AUGCAACAGCAACAGAUACAGGAACGCAAUGUCUCUUUUGCAAUCCUUACCAAAGCACAAGGAGUGUGUGUUACAUGGAGACGCAUACUUAAUACUUCCAUUGGAUUACUUCAAUCGAUCAACAAUGUCAUUUCUCAACGUUCUGCUGCACUUGAGCAACCUUCUGUUCUUGAUCAACAUCAUGUAGAUCAAGCGCGUCUUGUAUUUAAACAAACAGAGUCAAUUGAGAAGACCAUCAGACAGUUGCAUGAAGUCAUGACAUUGUUUGAAAAAGUCAGGAAUGACUGCUUACAGCUUGAAGCUGAAGCUAUACGACACCUUACUAAAUCAUUGACCACAGUCAAUAAGACUAUACCACUCUCAACACAGUCAAUGAUACAGAUCACAGCUGUGUCUCCCACACAAGUGCAUGAAUGGAUAGCAAAUCUGGCUUACAUGUACAACAAAGAGUACUGCUAUAAAAGGACACUUUUAUCCAACUAUCAUCAAACACAAGACUUUAUUGAACGUUGGAGUAAAGAGACAGCUAUUGACAGUACAAUUGAAUCAGCUAUUUCAGAACGCCUUCAACUUUAUAAACACGUCAAAAAAGUGCUUGAAUCUGUGGAUUAA